AGAGUACAGACCCCGAGUAUGUCCCAAUCGCGUAUUUUGCAGCUUGCUGCAAUUAUUAACAAGUCUGUAAUCGCGAUACACGAAAUUCUGUCUGCAAACAACCUCAACUCACCUUCUUUCGAUGAGUACGCACCAGCGUCUUUUCCGGAAGACAUUUCUGGCGCUCGAGACGCGGUGCUCGAUGCUACGUCAGAGCUAUACGACUUGCUUCUGGAGCCAUUGACUCUGAUCUACAAACAUCAUGGGCACAAUAAUUCCGUAUGUUUGCAGGCUAUCGCUCGCUUUAACAUUGCCGGAAUGAUCCCACCCGGGGGGCAAAUUCCAUUUGGUGAAAUUGCGGAGAAAGCAGGAUUGAACGAGCAAAUAGCUGUGCGACUUCUAAGACAUGCGAUGACCAUGCGGAUCUUUUGCGAGCCUCAUCCGGGAAUGGUGGCACAUACGCAGGCUUCGAAAACUCUAGCUAACCCGAUCAUGAAUGAUUGGUUAAGAGUUGGUACCGAAGAAAUGUGGCCUGCAGCAGUUGCAGGCUUUUCUCUAUCAAACGAUACUACAGAAUCGAUUUAUUCCAUCAUUGGAAGUAGUCCUGAGCGAGCUGUUUGCUUUUCGAACGCCAUGAAAGUAUUUGCCACAAGGCCGGAUUAUGAUCCCUCAUUUCUCAUCGAGAACUAUGACUGGGGAGCUUUGGGUAAAGUCCAAGUUGUCGAUAUUGGUGGAGCUCAAGGUCAUAUAGCCACUGAACUUGCAAGGCGCUUUGAGAACCUUCAGAUUGUCGUUCAGGACAUGGAUGAAGUCGUCCGUAUCGCGAAGCACGGUGUACCCGAGGAGCUCAAACAGAGAGUGUGCUUCAUGGCUCAUGACUUCUUCUCCCCUCAGCCUAUUAAAGCAGACGUUUUCUAUCUUCGUUGGAUUUUGCACAACUGGUCGGACAAAUAUUGCAUCCUAAUACUUAGAGCGCUGAUAUCUGCGUUGAAGCCUGGUGCAAGAAUUAUCAUUCAAGAGGUUUGCAUGCCGAGCCCAGGAAGCAUACCACUGUGGAAAGAAAGGAAUCUGAGAGCUGAGGACUUAAACAUGGGGGCUAUUUUCAAUUCUCUGGAGAGAACAGCUGAUUUGAGGUUCGUGAUAAAAAGUGUCAUUGAACCAAAAGGCUCGGCCUUGGGGAUUAUUGAAGUUCUGUGGUGCACUUUAGAUUAG